AUGCCUCCAGCAACUUCCUCUAGGUGGAGUCCAACGCGGGAACAGCUGAUGAUUCUAGAGGAAUUAUACAGAAGUGUGAUUCGAACUCCAAAUGUGUCUCAAAUUCAACAUAUCACUGUCCACCUCUCCUAUUUCUGAAAGAUACAAGGAAAGAGUUUUUAUUGGUUUCAGAACCAUAAAGCAAGAGAAAGACAGAAGCUUAGAAGGAAGCUCGGCAAGCAACGCCAACAGCAACACCAACUGUAUCAUCAUAAUCAUCACCAGCCACACCGUCGCCAACUUUUUCAACCUCUUCAACAAUUAUCCUGCUUCAGUCCAAUUAGAUUCCUUCCCCGGAUGAUGAAGCAUACGUGGAAGGUGAAUAUACCCGACAGUAGAGUUGAGAUGAGGAAGUCAUUGGUGGAAAUGCACGGUCGUGAUUGGAUAAUGAUGAUGGAUGCAGCUGCGGCUCCACCACCUAAUUUCACAUCAUGCUGCUCUAGACCACCGCUCAAAACCCUUGAGCUUUUCCCAAUAGCUACAAAUCUUAAAGAAGAGUGUAACUCAGACUCAUCAAACAAGCCUCUCUCCCGCAACACCACCAUUAAUAACUAA